AUGCAGUCUCUCACUCGCGUCGUCACCCGCCAGGUCGGUCGGCGAGCUCGAAUCGCUACAAAAACACAGUCUACAGCGGUAGCAGCGCAGCGCAACACUCAACGACAACCCAUUGGACCACCGGAACAACAGCAGAGGAGCUAUGCCACUCCGCGCCUAUAUGACGAUGGCUCCGCCCGGUCGGCCGUCAUCAACGUCCUCAACAACAUCGGCUCGAAGCGAGAGGUCCAGCAGUAUCUGGCGCAGUUCACUUCGGUCUCGUCCCAGCAAUUCGCCGUGAUCAAGGUGGGAGGAGCAAUCCUCACGGACUACCUGGACGUACUAUGCGCCUCUCUGCGGAACCUCAACCAGAUGGGUCUGUUCCCGGUGAUCAUUCAUGGAGCAGGUCCACAGCUAAACAAACUCCUCGAGCAAGCUGGUGUAGAGCCGCAGUACAAUGAAGGCAUCCGCAUUACGGAUGGCAAGACGUUGGGCAUAGCACGGAAGCUGUUCUUGGAAGAGAACUUGAAGCUGGUGGAGGCGCUGGAGAGCUGGGGUGUGCGAGCACGUCCUAUCACUUCGGGGGUGUUGAUGGCAGACUACAAGGACAAGGACAUGUACCAGUUCGUUGGAGAGGUCAAUCAAGUCCACGGGGACACUCUCAAGGCAGCUAUCGCCGACGGCUACAUCCCAGUUUUGACCUGCAUGGCCGAGAGCGAGGAAGGUCAGGUGCUCAAUGUUAACGCCGAUAAGGCUGCAGCUGAGCUGGCAAGAGAGCUGGUGCCUUUGAAGAUUGUCUAUCUGUCUGAAAAGGGCGGCAUCCACGACAAGGAGACCGGCAAGCUUAUCGAGGCGAUUAACCUUGACGAGGAGUACGACGAAUACAUGAAGAAGCCAUGGGUCAUUCACGGAACGAGGAGUAAGAUACGGGAUAUCAAGACUCUGCUGGACGAUCUACCACGCAGCUCCAGCGUAGCAAUUAUCCACCCGGAGAGCCUGGAGCGCGAGCUGUUCACACAUUCUGGCGCUGGCACGUUGAUACGGCGUGGCACAAAGCUCUUACAGGCAUCCACUCUCUCCGAAUUCGAAAGCAUGGACCAGCUGAAGCAGACUCUUGUUCGCGAUCGAGAAGGUCUCGACUCGACCUCCGUCGUCGACCGCUACCUUGAAAGCCUCAAGAACCGGGAAUUCAAGGCGUACUACGAUGAGAGCAUGGAAGCCCUUGCUAUCGUCUUGCCUCCCUCCGACAACAACCAACUUGCCCACCUUGCCACCCUGACCAUGACCCGAUCAGCAUGGCUUUCCAACAUUGCAGACAACGUCUUCCAGAAUCUGAAGCGGGACUUCCCGAAGCUUGCAUGGACCGUGAAGCAGGACGAUGAAAACUUGACCUGGUUCUCAGAGAAGGCUGAUGGGAGCAUAGCGCGAAAAGGCGAGGUGCUGUUCUGGUACGGCAUCGAAAGCCCAGAAGAGGUCAGGCAAUUGAUGAGCGAGUUCGUUCAGCACGGCAGGCAGAUGUUUGGCGACAUCAACCUCGAGUCGCAACUCCAUCGUGCAGCAGCGGCUGCAGAGCGGAUAAGGUCGAGAGCGGCGCAGCUGGCUGGCAUGAGAGGAGAGCAAGGCCAGCAAGCACAGCAGCAGGCCAGAGCGUUCUCAACGAGCGCGAGACCGCAACGAACAGCAGUGAAAUCUACCGCUCAACGGCGAGGCUACGCUACGACCAACCCAAACCCACCGCUCGGCAUCAAGAACAGCGAAAAGGACUACCCGUCUCGAGUUGCUGUCAUUGGAGCCCGUGGCUACACUGGACAAGCACUUAUUGACAUGCUCAACCGUCACCCCAACAUGGACCUGCGACACGUCUCUUCUCGCGAGCUCGCCGGCAAGAAGCUGAAAGGCUACGAGAAGCGCGAGAUCAUCUACGAAAACCUUACACCAGACGAUAUCCGACGGAUGGCAGAGAAGAAGGAAAUCGACUGCUGGGUCAUGGCCCUACCGAACGGCGUCUGCAAGCCCUACGUCGACGCCAUCGACGAGAGCGGUCACAAGGAAGCCGUUGUCAUCGACCUCUCCGCGGACUACCGCUUCGACUCAGGCUGGACCUACGGCCUCCCCGAGCUCGUCCAGCGCAACAAGAUCGCCUCCGCAACCCGCAUCUCGAACCCGGGCUGCUACGCCACCGCCGCUCAACUCGGUAUCGCACCCCUCAUCCCCCACCUCGCCGCGCAACCCGCCCAGCCAACCGUCUUCGGCGUGUCCGGCUACUCGGGCGCGGGCACCAAACCCUCCCCCAAAAACGACGUCAACAAUCUGACCGACAACCUGAUCGCCUACUCCCUCACCGACCACAUCCACGAGCGCGAAAUCUCCUCCCAGCUCGGCACGGCCGUAGCCUUUGUCCCGCACGUCGCCGUCUGGUUCGCAGGCAUCCACCACACCAUCUCCCUCCCGCUGGCCCAACAAAUGGCUUCGCGGGACGUGCGACAGCUGUACCAAGACCGCUACGACACGGAAAAACUCAUCAGAGUCUCCGGCGAGAGUCCGCAGGUGAAAUUGAUCGCGGGCAAGCACGGGGUGGAGAUUGGAGGCUUCGCGGUGCACUCGAGCGGGAAGCGGGCGGUGAUUAACGUGACGAUUGAUAAUUUGCUCAAGGGGGCGGCGACGCAGUGUCUGCAGAAUAUGAACCUGGCGCUCGGGUAUGGGGAGUAUGAUGGGAUACCGGUGGAGUGA